AUGUCCAUUCAACAAGAACGAAAUAGAAUUUUAAAAUCACUAGAACAUGACUUCAUAAAUGACUUAUCAUUACAUCUAUACUCUACAUUUUUAUUGCAUCGUGUAAAUCCAAAUUUCCCAUUAACGCGAUGGGCAAGUUGGCCUAAAGAGUUCAGUAAAGUCCCCAUACCAGAACACAAAUAUGAGGAUGACUUGAUUGAUGAAGAUCAGGAAAAGUAUGAAAGAGAUAUCGAUGAGGAUCAUGAUUUAUUUGAGAGGGAUAAGGAAUGGCAGUUGGAGGAUGCGGCUACAACGAAAAGGAGGAAGACCAAGAGGCUGUUGCGAGAUGUGAGAGAUGAGGAGGAUGCGAGUAGCAGAGGUGAAGUGAGCCACAAGAGUGAUUCAAAUGAUGGUGACUCUGAUAGUAAACAUAGCAAUGAUUCUGAUGACGACCAUGGUUCUGAUGACGGUAAUGACGACGAUGACGAGAAUAACGAAUACGAUGAAGACAAACUACUCAAUCACAGGAAUAAAAUAAUUGAAGUAAGCUAUACCGAAAAAAUACCACUGGCAAAGAUCUCAUUGAUGAACUCAAUAAAUUCAAUUCUUGAAACGAAAAUACACAACAAGAUCAACCAAAUGAAACAAGACAAUGAAAUAGAUUCAGGUUUGCAUUUCACUGAUUCAUUUCCGAAAAAUUUACCCAUUGUAAGUGAAAUUGCCAAUCGGUUUAAUACAAUGUUGGAAACCAUGUUUGAUACUUUCCAUUUGAAAGAUUAUCCGUUGAACUGGCAUCAUGUAUUGAUUGCUGGUAUGAUUAAUGAUCGAAUGCAGAACAGAUGCAACCGACAGUUGUAUGAAGGAGUUUUGCAACAGUGUCAAGAUUUGUUUGAUAAUUUGCAUAAUGUUUAUGAAUUUGAAGAUGAGGAGGAGGAAGACAAUCUGGAGGUUUUCACUGCUGGCGGUGGGUUUAAUGUCGGGAAAUAUUUACAAUCAUUAAGCGAUGAAUCUCCUGGUCCAGGACAAAAGGAUUAUUCGCUUUUAGCCAAGGAGUAUUUACGUGGGUUUAAUGAACAGGUCAAUUUUGAGGCAAGAUUGAAACAAAAUUUGAUUAAUAUGAUUAAUGAGAACGAAGAAGAUGAUGAAGAAGUGAGAAUAUAUAUGAAGAGACGAAGACGGAGCAACGAGGAUGGAGCCAGUGACGAAUCUGAAGAGAUGCAAGAUACCCCAUCAACGGUUCAACUGGAGGAAAUAACCAGUUUACAUGAAUCUAAUUUGAAAUCUAAACAUCGACGAUUACUAGAACAACAACUCGAGUUCCAAAAAUCAUAUAUAAUCAAACCCUGA